AUGUUGAUCUUCGCCGCGGCCUCCAUGAUGUUUGCACUGCUAAUCGGCAACAUCCUCCAUGAGUUCGAGGUGAGCUUUAUCUCGGAGUCCAUGGUGAUCAUUUUGAUCGGCUACGUCUUGGGCAUCAUUUUGCCCACACGUGGCGGAUCAGUCGUCUCAUGGGCCAUUGGAGACGUCGGAGUGGAAGAAGAAGGACUUGCUAUGGCCGGAGUUCUGAACCUCUUCCUCCUUCCGAUCAUCAUUUUCGAGGCUGGCUGGUCCAUGAACCACCGGGCCUUUGUGGACCUCAUGCUGACGAUCUUGACUUUCGCGGUCUUGGGAACAUUGAUCUCCAUGGUGGUGGUGGGUCUUUUGAUCAAUGCCACCUGCGACGUUCACGGCGUUUGCUCUGUCAGAGCCGCCUUUACCUAUGCGGCCUUGAUCUCUGCAGUGGACCCUGUAGCCACUUUAGCCACCUAUGCUCAUUUGCAAGUGGACCCCUUGCUGAACAUUUGCGUUUUUGGCGAGUCCGUGGUGAAUGAUGCCGUGGCCAUCGUCCUUUUCCGUGUCCUCAACACAGGUGGUCUUUUUACUGACACCAGCUUUAAUGUCGUCUCUGGCAGAAUCGCUUCGCAGACGUCACUUUUGCUCUUCGGGUCCGUGGGUCUUGGAGUUCUCUUGGGCUUCAUGCUGAUGAGCCUCGGACAGAGGCUCAUUACCAAAGUGAGCCGUCUCACCCAUUCGACCAGCAACUGCGUCCUUUUCAUGUUCUUGUCCAGCUUCUUCAUCUACAGCUUCGCGGAGCGUGCGUGUGGCAUGUCCGGAAUCAUCACUGUGCUCUUCGGCGCCAUGUUUGCCAGUGCAUUUGCCAAGUACCAGUUCUCCAGUGAGGUGACCAUGUUUUGUGCAUUCACCUUGAAGCAAGCAGCCACUCUUGCUGACAUGGUGGUUUUUCUGAUGGUGGGCAUCACCGCGGUCUACUGCGAUGUUGAAGGCUUGGUCUUGGGAUUGCUGGUUUGUGCCUUCUGCCUGGUGGGGCGAGCAGCAGCCGUUUUUCCCUUGGCUUUGCUGACGAAUCUCUGCAAGGAGAUGUAUCGAAGGGGACAGCCUCCAGAGAAGAAACUGACCCUGGACUGGCGGAAGAUCUUCAUGAUGUGGCAUGCCGGCCUCCGGGGCGGAAUUGCCUUGGUGCUCACAUUGGAACUUGGCCCUUGGGUCGAUCAAGAAAAGCCUGGGACCAAAGAUCGGCUUCGGAAUGCCACUGUCCUAGUCAUCGUGUUCUUCUUGUUAUUCUUUGGCGGAAGCACCAAGAUCUUGCUGAAGUGGCUGAAGAUCCCCAUGGAAGGUUCAGCUGAGCCUUUGUAUGUUCAUCAUGGACGCUUCUGGAAGGGCAUGCACGUGGUGCGCGAUCGGGUCCUAAGGCGGCUAUUGAUGUUAAACGAUGAUGAGAAGGAGUCAAGCACUCUUCCUCAUAUCUUGGCCGACCUCGCGGUGGUCGAGCGUGCUCUCUCCACGGCCACCUUGCCGGAGGUGCCCCCGGGCGCCGCGGUCUCCAUCGCCUCGCGCCGGGGGUCUGAUCUCUUGGAACGUUCCAACAUCACUCAGCGCCGCCCGCCCGGAGCACAAAUGGUCAGCCUCUUUGGUGUCCAAGACCCGAUGCACAUCGAUGACGAGAGCGGGGAUGAGAGUGCGGAGGAGGAGAGUGAGUCUGAUAGCGGAUAG